UGAACAGACGCUCUCCUCCCGGCGUCUACGUGGCUUCGUGCUUCUCUGUUGUUUUUUAAAUCCACCAGCUGGAAGGAUUAAUGCAGAUAAAUACUGAAACAGACUGAAAACUGGGAUUUUAAAACCGCCUCUUCCACAGAGGCUUUUUGGAAAGUUGUGAAAUCACAACAGCUCGAGCCGUCUAUUGUCGCCCCCCCCCGAAGGUGUUUAUUAGCUCAGAGAUAAGGGAGUCAUUGGGUGUUCAUGUGUGUGUUCUCUCCAGCUGGGUGGACCCGACUCUAACGUCAGUCUGACCCAACGACCAGAAUCCCAAGCGCUCGGGCCUUGCGUUUUAAACAGUGCUGUCACCGGUGGUACUUUGGGCUUCGAACUCUAUCAUUGCGAGCUUUUUUUUUCUUCUUCUUUAAAGGCGAUGAAAUUAGUGUCCAUGUUUGAUUUCUACAGAGGGAAAACACUCCCUUCGGCACACAGCGAUACGAUCUUGCGUAUUGUGAAAUGUCAGCUAUGAUUCCUCUUUCUUUUUUUUCUGCCCUCGGGCGCUUUGUUUCUGCUGCCAAGCCCCUAAUCUGCAAUACAGCACGUUCACUUCUGUAAAGACAUCUGCCUCGGUGCCAAAAUAAAGGUUGUCGAGCCGAGUGACAGAGGGACUUUGGGCACCUCGUGGUAAACACACGGCUUUUGCCAGAAACUCUGCGGAUUCAUCAAAAAUAUUCAUCGUCCGACUAAAAAAGGGUAAACUUUUGUUUGGGGAACUUCACGCGACGGUGCUUCGAUUCCCUCCCAAAUGUGGAGCAUCUUGCGAUUAUGCCGAUUGCCGAACGUUUUCACAACAGAUCUCCACGUCAUCUGUAAUACCCGGAGCCGGUUCUUUUCUUUAAAGGCAACGAGCGGCGUGGAAGGAGAGAAGCUGAUCAGCAGCCGGAGAGACGAGAGGUCGACAGCAUUUUAAAACACAAAAGAUGGACGACAUCGACGCCAUGUUCAGCGACCUGCUGGGGGAGAUGGACCUCCUCACUCAGAGUCUCGGACAGGAAACGGUACCUCCUGCACCGCCCCCCAGCACCAAGAAGGAGGUCAACAUGUCCAUCGGCUUCACCGACCUGAACGAGUCCCUCAAUGAGCUCGAGGACACCGACCUGGAUGCGCUCAUGGCAGACCUGAUGGCUGACCUCAGCGCCACGGAGGAGAAAUUCGCCGCCCAGAAAGAAGACCCCAAAGCGUCGCUCCCGCCCCCGCCCCCGCCCGAGGGCCUCGGCCCCCGCCCGACCUCCACCCUCGCUUACCCGACGUCGCCGGCGGGCAGCUACGGCGGCGACGUCGGCACGCCGGCCUCCUCCGGCGCCUCGCCCCUGCCACCUCCGCCCCCUCAGGCCGCAAAACCUACCAAGGAGGAAAUUGAGGCGCAGAUGAAAGCAGAAAAAAUCAAGCUGGCCCUCGAGAAGCUGAAGGAGGCUAAAGUGAAAAAGUUGGUGGUAAAAGUGCGGAUGAACGACGGCAGCUCCAAGACUCUGAUGGUGGACGAGAGGCAGACCGUCAGAGACGUUCUGGACAACAUGUUCGAGAAGACUCACUGCGACUGCAACGUGGACUGGAGCCUGUGUGAGACCAACCCGGAGCUGCAACUGGAGCGGGCGUUUGAGGACCACGAGAACCUGGUGGAGCCCCUCUCGGCGUGGACGAGGGACAGCGAGAACUACGUCCUCUUUCAGGAGCGGGGGGAGAAGUACGAGGUUUUCAAAAACCCACAGAACUUCUACCUGUGGAAGAAGAACAGGAGCGACCUGAAAGACAUGAAAGACAAAGACAAGGAGUUGUUAAUACAGGAGAACUUCUGCGGGACGUCCACCAUCGUGCCAGAUCUGGAGGGAGUGAUGCACCUCAAAGAAGACGGCAAGAAGUCCUGGAAACCGCGACUCUUCCAGCUGAGGGCCUCUGGAAUCUACUACGUGCCGAAGGGGAAAACCAAGUCGUCCCGCGACCUCGUCUGCUUCGUCCAGUUCGACAACCUGAAUGUCUACUACGGCAAAGACUUCAAGGCCAAAUACAAGGCCCCGACCGACUUCGGCUUCCUUCUGAAGCAUCCUCAGAUCCAGAAGGAUUCCCAGUACAUCAAGUACCUCUGCUGCGAUGACGCCUGGUCCAUGAACCUGUGGGUCACCGGAAUACGCAUCGCAAAGUACGGCCCGGCGCUGUACGACAACUACAAGACCGCAGAGAAGAAGGCCGCCGUCAGCUCCGUGUGGACCAACCGCAGCGCGCCGUCCGGCUCCGAUCCGUCCACGCCCUCCCCCCCCACCCACGCAAAGAGCCAGGCCAACGGCCAUGCUGCGAGGCCCCAGGCGGGCCCCCCCCCUCAGGACUUUGGGCCCCUACCACCUCCACCUGUGGCAGAGUUCCUUCCCCCGCCUCCUCCUCCGGAGGCAUUCCUCCCUCCUCCACCUCCUCCACCUCCCCCUCUGGCUGCCAAGAGUUCUCCGAAGCCUGCCGCCUCCCGGCGCCACCUGCCGAACAACUUCCCUCCGCCUCCACCGGCGAUGGACCUCCUCCCUCCACCCCCGCCCCCACCCAAAGACGACGCCUCGGAGGCCCCGCCGGACUUCCUCCCGCCCCCUCCACCCGCUGCGGGCUUUGGAUUUCCUCCUCCGCCACAGUUGAACUCCCCCCCGCUGCCGCCUCCCCCUGUGAGCUUCAGGGGCGCAAACCAGUCCCUGCCUCCUCCUCCACCCGAUCCGGGGUUCUUACCUCCACCUAAGCCCGAUUUCACGGGGGCCGGGGGGGGCCCUCCACCUCCUCCACCGCCACCGCCCCCCGCCGCCGCCGUCGCCCCGAGGCCGGCUCUUGGGCCUCCUGGCUCGGUGAAGAAGAGGCCUCCUGCUCCGCCCAAGAGGACUACUGCGCCCGCGGGAGGGGACUUCAUGUCGGAACUGGCGAUGGCCAUGAACAAGAAGCGCGCCGCUCCGUGACUCCUUUCGUCCAUCGCGGCGCCAGCGGAGCCCGACACAGACUUGCGACCUCUUCCCGGGGGGGUCGUCCGUCCAUCCUUAUGGGUGACACGAGCUUGCAUGAAUUAAGCGAAAGGAGGAUUAUUCCCCAAAGCAAACAUUUUGUACAGUGUUUAACGAUGCUGAGAAGAAAACAUAAAAAGUACAAUACCUUCAUCACGAUUCAGAGGAUUGUACAUAUUGACAUGUCGGCUGUAAGUACUGUAAACAAAAUGCACCUGAUUAGUCCUCGAAUCAGUUACAAGCUACGUGAGAAGUGGCAUAAGAUACUCAUGAAAAUGAACCUAGUUAGCUGUGGUGUGUGCAUAAACGAUAUUUGGUGAACUGUCAUACUGUAUGUGGACCUAGUUCUUAAAAAAAACAACAAUACAACCAUUGCUGAACA